CAAUCCCGGCCCACAGAAGUCAGAGCGGUCCCUGCUCGACGCCAUGUGGCGGCCAUCAGAGAUAGAGCAGAGGUGACCAGAGCCUUUGUGAAAAGUCAGAAAGCCACAGUCUCCUGGUCUUUCCUGGGCUUGUCUGCUGUGUUACAACAUGCUGCUCCCUCUGUUUUUGGCCCUCCUGGUGUGCUCUGUAACCGCCGAAGACAAAGAUGGUGUUCUUCCCAGGCUUAAUGACAAAGAGGCUGUGGAAGCCUUCAUUGACUCUGCUGAAGUGGUGAUCCUAGGAUUCUUAGAGGGUGAGGAAAGUCGUGGCUAUAAGGAGCUGGAAGAAGCUGCAAAGCGAUCGGACUCGGUUCCUGCAGCCAUUUGCACUGUGAAAGAGGUGUGGGCUGACUAUGGCCUCCCCUCGGACGCAAUCACCCUCUUCAGAAAAGUACUCUACACCGCGGACAAUCACCAAGAGAACCUCAUCGUGGCUGAGGCCCAUAAGUUAGACGCUGAUGGACUCGUUCACUUCAUCAACACAAACGAGAUCCGAUACAUAACAGAGUACAACCAAGUGACAGCAGUGGGCCUGUUCAAUUCAGAGGUGAAGACACACCUUUUGCUCUUUGCUAACAGGGGGAGUAAAGAAUUUACUGAACUCAAGCAACGAUUGGAAGCUCUAGCACCGGAGUUCACCGGAAAGCUCUUAUUUGUGCUAAUUAACGGAGCUGUGAAGUCCAACUCAAAGGCACUCGACUACUUUGGCCUCAAGUCCAAAGAACUCCCACGAAUCGGUAUCUACGAUGGAGAUUCUGACAUGAAAUGGCUCCUACCUGAAGGAGAGAUUACCACAGAGCGUGUGCGGGAGUUCAGUGAAUCCUUCCUGCGAGGGGACCUGAAAGAGGUGAAGCAAGCCGGAGAAGUGCCCAAAACAGAGCUUUAGUACAGAGAAACAUCAAUAAAUUCUUUUACACUGAAUAAAAAAAAAAAAGAAAUAAA